CAGGUCAGCUCAAACAUGGAGAAAGGAGCAGGGAGACAAAGAGGAGGUGAAGACGAGGAGAUUCUAGAGGUGGAGGAGACAGGUGCAGCAGGGCAGUGGAGGGAAGCGGAGGUGCUGGCUCUUCUGUCAGUGUGGGGGGAGCUGGGAGCAGCUCAGCAUUCAGGUGUAUGCAGUAGAGCCACAUUUGAAUGCAUCUCAGAGCAGCUGAAAGGGCUGAGCGUGCUGCGUGGCUGGAGGGAGUGCCAUGCCCAGUGCAGGAGGCUGGGACUGCAGGACAGGAAGGCUGAACAGCCAGGCACAUCCACCAACUACAGCCAGGGGGAAGCAGCCGUGAUGGACACCCAAAUGAACCAAAGUGACUGGGAGGAAAAGGAGGAUCUGACCAGUGAGAAAGAGGCUCACUCUUCCUCAGUCAUAAUACAGGAAGGAGGCCUGUGUCAGAUUCUUCGCGAGGCUCUCCCUUAUGCCCAAUACGUGGGCCCUGAGGGGGGUCGCCAUUGGACAGAUGAGGAGGUGCGAGCUCUGCUUUGUGUCUGGUCUGACCGCCACAUCCGCCAACGCCUCAAAGGAACACUACGCAACAAGGCCAUCUUCCAGGAGAUGGCCCGCUGCAUGCAGAGGGGCUUCGGAGUGGUGCGCAACUGGAAACAAUGCCGCACUAAAUACAAGAACCUCAAGUAUGAGUACAAGACAGCCAAGAGCGCCCAUGACGCUGCAGGCAGCAGUGGAAGUGGCCCAGGAAGGUACAUGAAGUUCUUUGAUGAGGUAGAGGCCAUAGUGCUGGACAGGGGAUUUGAUGGGGACCAGGAUAUGCGAAGAGGACCUGAAGGGGACCAGGGAGCUGGGAGGCUGGGCCCUCUGGAAGGCAAGACACAGUCUAAAGAACCUGAAGGAGACCUGGUUAUUGAAAUAGACGAUGAUGACAACAGUGACGAUUAUGAGCAAGACACAGACCAAAACCAAAGGGAAUCAGGAGUCCAUCUAUCACCAUUGGAUCAAUCUAGCUCCGAGCAGUUCCACGUGGUAACGGUGUCUGACACAGGCCGGAACUGGAGUGACCAGGAGGUGCGUGCUCUGAUCCAGGUGUGGUCUGAGGAGGGUGUGUGCAGGCAGCUGGAGAGCUCCACCAGGAAGAGGGAUAUCUUUGUGCAGAUCUCCUGCCGGCUACUGCAGCAGGGGGUGGAGCGCGACUGGAAGCAGUGUCACACCAAAUACAAGAACCUCAAGUACCUGUAUCGCUCCCUACAGAGAUGCAGGGCUGACAGCACAGACCCACGCCGUCUCAUGAGGUUCUAUGACGAGGUGGAUGCCAUUUUGACCAGGUCGGAUAGUGGACCUGCCAUGGGAUAUGAGGAACAAGCAGAGGCUGGCGCCAUUUUGACUGGGGCCAUGAUGGGGUAUGAGAAUGACACAGAUGCCAUGACUUCUCCAGUUAACUCUUACACAGCUCAAAGCUAUGAGGUUAUCCCAAAGAAUGAGGACAAACAAACACACACAGACAAUUCUGAUACCGAUAAAAGACAGGAUCUGACUGCAAAAAGAGGACUGAAAAGGAAAGCGUUGAUUCAAGAUACCUGUAGAAUUGUGAAGAAAAAUGAUACUGGGAGCAGCUGUGCUGAGAGUAUUGCUUUCCAGUGCAAAUUGGAGGAGGACCAAUACAUUCCCAUUAUAGAGAUCAACUCAGUCUACUCAAUGGCAGCCUCUGUCCGACAAAAACAGGUUUCCAGAUUAUCUACCAACAUGGCACCUGCAUCAGUGCUGAAACUUGGACAGAAACUAAAUGAGGGAAAGACCAAGCAGAUAUUCGAGCUCGUGGAUGAGCCAGGCCAUGUUCUGGUCCAGUCCAAGGACCAAAUCACGGCCGGGAAUGCGGUGAGGAAGGACCAGAUGGAGGGCAAGGCCGCGAUAGCAAACAGAACCACGAGCUGUGUUUUCAAGCUACUGCAGGAAGCGGGCAUCAAGACAGCCUUUGUAAGGCAGCAGUCGGAGACUGCGUUUGUGGCGGCCCACUGUGAGAUGAUCCCCAUCGAGUGGGUCUGUCGGCGGGUGGCUACUGGAUCCUUCCUGAAGAGGAACCCAGGCGUCAAGGAGGGCUACKGGUUCUCCCCUCUGAAAAUGGAGAUGUUCUUCAAGGAUGAUGCCAACAAUGACCCUCAGUGGUCGGAGGAGCAGCUGCUGGAGACUAAGUUCUCUCUGGCUGGGCUCAACAUCGGCCGCUGUGAGGUGGACAUCAUGAACCGCAGCACUGUUGCCAUCUUUGAGGUUCUGGAGAGGGCCUGGGCCACCCAGAACUGCACACUGGUGGACAUGAAGAUUGAGUUUGGUGUGAAUGUGCGCACCAAAGAGAUUGUGCUUGCUGACGUGAUUGACAAUGAUUCCUGGAGGCUGUGGCCUGCGGGAGAUCGGAGUCAGCAGAAAGACAAACAGGUGUACCGGGACCUGAAGGAGGUGACUCCUGAGGCUAUGCAGAUGGUGAAGAAAAACUUUGAGUGGGUCUCUGAAAGAGUGAAGCUUCUGCUGGAGCCCAAGGCCUGUGGCAGAGUGGUGGUUCUGAUGGGCUCCACCUCUGACCUAGCCCACUGUGAGAAGAUCAGGAAGGCCUGUGGCUCCUACGGAAUCCACUGUGUUCUCCGAGUCACCUCUGCACACAAAGGACCAGACGAGACUCUUCGCAUCAAAGCUGAAUACGAAGGAGACGGAGUACCGACUGUGUUUGUGGCUGUGGCGGGCAGAAGCAAUGGCCUUGGUCCAGUGAUGUCAGGAAACACCGCCUACCCAGUCAUCAAUUGCCCUCCUAUCACCCCUGACUGGGGGGCACAGGACAUCUGGUCAUCCCUUCGCAUGCCCAGCGGUCUUGGCUGCUCCACAGUCCUCUCCCCUGAUGCUGCAGCCCAGUUUGCAGCUCAGAUCUUUGGGCUCAGUGACCACCUGGUGUGGUCCAAACUGCGGGCCUCCAUGCUCAACACCUGGGUGUCUCUGAAGCAGGCUGACAAGAAGCUGCAGGCCUGCAGCCUGUAAGGAGCCCCCUGUACUGUACCAUUCCAAACCCUGCCAGAGCUCUCUAAGAUGGGAAUUGUGAAGCCUGGCUGUGUGUCAUGUCUAAUGAAAUGUUUACCAUGUAAAAUCAGCCCUACAACACAUUUCUCUAAUCAUUCCCUUAAUAAAGUGAUUCAUAUGUAUAAACAUCUA